CGUUCGUCCGCCUAAUACCGCGCCUGCGCACCGCUUCUCUUCCUCUCUGGGCUCGGACCUAGGUCGCGGCGGCAUGGCCAAACGUACCAAGAAAGUCGGGAUCGUCGGUAAAUACGGGACCCGCUAUGGGGCCUCCCUCCGGAAAAUGGUGAAGAAAAUUGAAAUCAGCCAGCACGCCAAGUACACUUGCUCUUUCUGUGGCAAAACCAAAAUGAAGAGACGAGCUGUGGGGAUCUGGCACUGUGGUUCCUGCAUGAAGACAGUGGCUGGCGGUGCCUGGACGUACAAUACCACUUCCGCUGUCACGGUAAAGUCCGCCAUCAGAAGACUGAAGGAGUUGAAAGACCAGUAGACGCUCCUCUACUCUUUGAGACAUCACUGGCCUAUAAUAAAUGGGUUAAUUUAUGUAACAAAAUUGCCUUGGCUUGUUAACUUUAUUAGACAUUCUGAUGUUUGCAUUGUGUAAAUACUGUUGUAUUGGAAAAGCAUGCCAAGAUGGAUUAUUGUAAUCAGUGUCUUUUUUAGUAGUCAGAUGGUAAAAUGCAGCAUAAGAAUAUAAGUCUUCCAAGUUAGAUAUGUAUAUUAGCUUUUUAUAAGUCUGCUCCUGCCAGUUUGACUUUGAGAUGCAUUGGAGCCAACUGUAAACUUUAGUUUUUAAAUUACAGUUAACUUUUUUUGUUUGUUUUUGAGGCGGAGUGUUUGUUACCCAGGCUGGAGUGCAGUAUAGCGAUCUUGGCCCACUGCAACCUCCACCGCUUAGGUUCAAGCGAUUCUCCUGCCUCAGCCUCCUGAGUAGCUGGGAUUACAGGCACGCAUCACCAUGCCUGGCUAAUUUUUGUAUUUUGAGUAGAGAUGGGGUUUUCACCACAUUGGCCAGGCCGUUCUUGAACUGGCCUCAAGUGAUCCACCUGCCUUGGCCUCGCAGAGUGCUGGGAUUACAGGCGUGAGCCACCAUGCCCAGCCUUACAUUUAAUACUUUUAUAACGUGUCUAGGCUGGGUGCGGUGACUCACGCCUGAAAUCCCAGCACUUUGGGUGGCUGAGGCAGGUGGAUUACUUGAGGCUAGGAGAUUUAGACCAGUGUGGCCAACAUAGCAAAAACCCGUCUUGAUGAAAAAUACAAAAGAUAGCUUGGUAUGGUGGCACAUGCCUGUAAUCCCAGCUACUUGGGAGGCUCAGGCACAAGAAUCACUUGAACCUAGGAGGCAGAGGUUGCAGUUAGCCAGUAUCGUGCCACUGCACUUUAUUUAGCCGGGACAACACUCUGUCUCCAAAAAAAAAGUUUCUGAAGAUAAAAGAUAUACUAAAGGA